AUGGCAGCUGAAAAAACUUUAGAUGCCAUUCUGGUACACUCUUCAGUUCAAGAAAAUGAGCCCGAGAAUACUAAUAGCCUUGAUCUCAAAGAGCAGUUUGAGGUGAAAGAAGACGAAUACUCAGUCUCGAUCAAAGUCUCGGAAGAGGAGGAGGCAUACAGAAAAAGCUGGAAGUUUUUGAUCUGGGACACUUGGGGACAUCCCAACAAAGCCCAUGUAAAGGUGAUCAGAAAAGUGGAUUUGACAUUAUUGGCUUUCGCUACUGUUUCUACGUUUAUCAAGUACAUAGAUAAGUCGAACUUGACCGCCGCUUAUGUCAGUGGAAUGCAAGAGGAUCUCAAGAUAUUUGGUAAUGAGUUGAACUACGCAAAUACUGCUUACAAUAUUGCAUGUAUUCUUUGUGGUUAUCCAUUUGGGUACUUAAUGGCAAGGUUCAGCACCAGAUGGUUGAUUAUCUUUGUGGAAGUGGCAUGGAUUAUCAUCACCUUUAGUUUCUCUAGCAUCCAAACACCGCUUCAAAUGAUCGUGUUGAGGUGUUUAUUGGGUAUUUUUGAAUGUGCACAUUACCCUGCUUUGUCUUUCUUGUUGGGAACUUAUUAUACUCCUGCAGAAUUUGCCAGGAGAAAUGUGAUAUUACAGAGUGCAACAGCUCUUGGAAGUAUGUUUGCCAGUUAUAUUCAAAGUGGUGCCUACACCCAUUUAAAUGGUGUUUUGGGACGCAGUGGAUGGCGUUGGGUGUUUAUUAUUGACGGAAUCAUCAGUGUAGGAGUCUUGAUACCACAAAUUGUUUUCUUCCCAGACAUUUUGGCGAGAAACAAACCAAGCUUCGUGUUCAGUGAGGAAGACCUCCAGUACUUGAAAGAGAGAAAACCAGAAACUAAGUACCAAACCUUCCACUUUGGGUGGGAAGAUGUCAAAAAGGUGUUCACCACUUGGGAGGUUUGGGCAUUCUGGUCUUAUGGAAUGUCUCAGGACAUUGUCUCUUUGUCUAUGCCCUCAUUCAUUUUCUGGUUGAAAGCGUAUAAUGUCAAAAAGCCCGGGACUUAUUCCAUUCCACAAGUCAAUAAUUUCAACUCAAUUCUUUAUGCUGUUCAAUAUUUGGUUGCAGUCGGAACGGGCUGGUGGUCUGACACUGCGCUUAAAGGUAGAAGAUGGCCUCCUAUUGUUUUGGCUGGGGUGAUUUCGUUCGUGGUGAUGAUUCUUCUUGCUUCUACACCAGUUUACCCUGAUAACAAAGGAUUCAGAUUCUUCUUAUAUCUUAACACCUGCUGGGCUUUGGGUACGGCAGGAAUUUAUUGGGCCCAUGUUCAAGAAUACUUCAAGGAUGACAUUAGACUUCGUGCCAUAACUACUGGUGGUAUUAACAUUUACCUGUUCACGGCUGAUUCUAUUAUUAAUCCUAUUUGGUUCAAGACUCAGGAACAGCCUAACGUGAGAACUGGUCACUAUAUUUCAGCAUUCUUUGCCGUGGUGUACGCCGCUGUAGGGGGAUUAUUGGGCUGGAAGGAACAUACUCUCAGAAGGAAGAGACUCUCUAAGGUAUAG